UCAUAGCCCAUUCUAUAUUCAUUCACAACUCUCACUUGCUAAGGGCAACAUACAAAGCACAAAACUUGAUACAAAUAAUUGUUUUUAUUAUGGCUGAAUUAACUGAAGAACAAGUUAAAGAAAUUUAUGAUGCUUUCAAACUUUUUGAUGUGGAUCACACCGGUAAUAUAACCGCUGUUGAGAUGGGCAAUGUAAUGCGUUCUAUUGGCCAAUUGCCCACCGAAGCUGAACUCUACGACUUGAUUGACACGGUCGAUCUCGAUGGGGAUGGUGAGGUUGAUUUUCAAGAAUUUCUACACAUGAUGGCAAUGCGUUUUCAAAAUCUUUACGACGACAACAUUCUGAUGGAGGCAUUCAAGGUAUUCGAUCGUGAUGAGGACGGUGUUAUAACACAGCCCGAUUUGAAAAUCGUAAUGACCAAUUUGGGUGAAAAAUUCACAGAACAGGAAUUCCAAGAUAUGUUUCGAGAAGUGGAUACCGAUAAUAAUGGGGUCAUCACUUUUGAAGAGUUCUUGGAUGCUGUUAAGCAUUAGACGUGAAAGAAGAGCAUUGCAUAUCUAGCUUUCUACACUAAUUUCUUUGACAACUUUAACAAGUGUUUGGCAUGUAAAAUAAAGCCUCUUGAUUAUCUAA